GUAAAGUAAAAUAUGAAAUAGAAAUGGCAAACAAAUUAUCUAGCGAGUGGCUAUUUGGUUGCUACCAGAUUACUAAAUUAAUUUAAGUAAUUGUUUUUAACGAGGACAAACAUAUAGAUUUAUGUAGAGCUGGUUAUCUUAAUUAAAAUGCUAUGUUGCGGCGCAUUAUGUUUUUCGAUUAUUAUAUCUAAGUAUCUGUUUGGGCAAUACGAUGUCUGGAAAAAGAGAAACUUCCAAAACAAAUUCCGAUUCAUCUCCGGAUAAAUCGAACUCGGAAAGAAACAAUGAACACGAAAACGGCAGUGAGGAUAUUCCAAAAAGUUUUAGAUGGGAAACACUUCAGGAAGAAUCAGAUGAAGACGACGAUAUAAAAUCACAAACAGACGAAAUCGAAAGUAUCAAAGAUAUAAGUGUCGAACAAAAGUCUCCUCCAACUAAACCACCGGUGAAAGUAGGCAGAGAUGUUGGAAGUAAAAACGAGGGAAAGCUUCAUCGUAAAAAGUCUUCAGCACGCAUUAAUCGACGCCAAUCAACAUCAUCUACUUGGACUGCGUCUACUUCAAAAGAAUCGUCAAAUUCGAAGACAAAUCCAUUUAAAUCAUCGCCAUCUUCGGCCUCUAUUGCUCAUAUAGGUACUGAUCCACCAUCGAAACAAAUUCCAAACGACACAUUGUCGAUUGCAAGUGGGUCAACAGUGGGUGAUGGUAUGAGUAAAAUUCUUUAUCAUGCUUUGAAAGGAGAGUGGGCUCAAGUAGAAUUGCUUAUAAGAUAUUGUCAAAAAGGAGAUCCGGAAUUGUUUGUUGUCGACGACGACACUGGAAUAAAUCCCUUCAUGCUGGCAGCUCGUGACAACAAAUUAAUCAUUGUUGAAAGGCUGAUUGAACUUGGAAUAAACGUCAACGAUAGGGCGAGGGAUGGACGAAAUGCCCUACAUUUUGCGGCGGCUUCUGCGAAAGAAGAUGUCGUAAACGUAUUGCUCAAGAAGCGAACUGAUUGCACCGUAAAGGGUGGAGAAAAAGAACAGCUUCCCUUACAUAUGGCUUGUUCUCGUUCGGGCAGUGACUCAAGGAGUAUUAUGCAGUUGCUACUGAAAACUACACCAGCAAGUAUGAGACUUCUUCCAGAUAAGGACGGAAACAUACCUCUGUUUUUAUCAAUUGAAUCUGGCAACCAAGGAGCUUGUAAAGAUUUACUAACGUCACACUCAGAGCAACAACUAAAGUAUGAAAAGUCAGGAAGUCUCGAUAUUGCCCUUCAUCUUGCCUGCAGGAGACGAGAUUUGGAAAUGGUUCGAAUGUUCGCUGACUACAACACGCCCGUUAAUAAUAAGAAUGCCGAUGGCAAAACAUCUUUGCAUAUUGCAGCAUACAUGGGGGAUGAAGCAAUCGUUAAAUAUUUGUACACAAUGAAAGCAGAUCCUAACGUUUAUGAUCACAUAGAUAGAUCUCCGUUACACGUUGCUGCUGAACAAGGUCAUACGGGAGUAGUUGAUGUUCUCACUGACAAGUUUAAGAGCUCAGUUCUAGCAAGAACAAAGGACGGAAGCACAUUAAUGCAUAUUGCAGCUCAGUGCGGUCACCCUGACACAGCAAUUGCGUUUUUGAAAAAAGGUGUGCCUCUUCACAUGCCAAAUAAAUCAGGUGCUGUUUGUCUUCAUGCCGCUGCGAAGAAUGGUCAUACAGUCGUCGUCAAAGCCUUGUUGACUAAAGGAGCGCAUGUGGAAGCAAGAACAAAAGACAAUUUCACAGCCUUGCAUGUUGCUGUGCAACAUUGUCGCCCACUUGUUGUACAGAUGCUACUUGGGUAUGGUGCCCCUGUACAAGUCGCCGGCGGAAAGUUGCAAGAAACACCUCUACAUCUUGCGUCGAAAAUUAAAGGAGGAGAUAAAGUUGCUGAGAUGCUGUUGAAAUCUGGCGCUGAGCCUAACUGCCCCCGCGAGGACGGAGAAACAGCGGUUCAUAUGGCUGCAAGGAAUGGACAUGUUGAUACAUUUAAACUGUUACUGGAAGAGAGUGGAAGCAUCAUGCUUCAAUCCAAGAUGGAUGAAAACCCUCUCCAUGUUGCUGUACGACAUUGUCGUUGGCAUAUCGUGAAAGAAGCCAUAAAAUUUCUUGAACAACAGAGCAAAUUAGACGUUGCCAUAUGCAUCAACAUGGAAAAUAAGGAAGGCGAAACUUCAGUUCAUCUAGCUGCGGAAUUGACGUCAGAGAGAUCUCAUUUUAACUCAGAGGAAGAAAAUAUCAUGUCUCUUCUGUUACAACAUGGCGGAGAUUUGAAUUAUUGCACCAAAUUAACACAGGAAACUCCAUUACAUUACGCAGCAAGAUCGGGAAACGAAGGAAUUCUCAAAAUAUUUAUCGACAGGAUCGGACCAGCAAAUAUGCCAACAACUAUAAACAAACAAGCAAAGAACGGAUGGUCUCCGUUAUUGUUUGCGAGUGAAGAAGGACACGAUAACUGUGUUUACGCGCUAUUGAAGCAACAAGCAAGAGUGGAUGUGUUUGAUGAGAAUGGCAAGGCAGCACUCCACUUGGCAGCGGAAAAUGGCCGACUUGAAAUAGCAGUAAUGUUAUUGAAAUACAAAGCAUUUGUCAACGCGAAAACCAAAUUGGGUUUAACACCUUUGCACCUUGCAGCACAAAAUGGAUAUAAUGAUUUAGUGAAAAUCUUGAUUGAAAUGCAUGAUGCGUCGAUUGAUGCCAGAAGUUUGGACAAGAAAACUCCUUUGCAUAAAGCUGCAGAAAACGGUCAAUAUGACGUUUGUGAAUCUCUACUCAACGCCGGUGCAAAUGUGCAGAUGGUUGAUAACAAAGGGCAGACACCUCUUCAUCUGGCUGCGGAGAAUGAUCAUUCUAAAGUUGUAGAACAAUUUCUUAUGCAUCAACCUGAAUUGGUAACGAUGACCAAUAAAGCUGGUUCAACCUGUGCUCAUAUUGCAGCCUCCAAGGGCAGUGUAGCUGUCAUUGUUGAACUACUUAAAUUUGAUGCGGACAACGUGACAAAAUUCCGUAAUAAGACGUCUCAAACUGCUUUACUGUUGGCGGCCAAAGGAGGACAUGCUGAUGUUGUGAAAAAGUUGAUCUAUUCUGGUGCGAGAGUGAUGGACGAAGAUGCAGAAGGAAUGAAUGCUCUUCAUCUACUAGCUAAGUAUGGACAUACGCACGUAAUCGAUUCCAUCAAAAAUAACAAGGAUCAGUUGUGGAGAAUGACGAGCAGUAAAACAGGUUUCAACGCGCUGCAUGUUGCCACACAAUUUGGAAAGGAAGAGUUUGCCAGAGAAAUGCUCAUAUUUAUAAGUGCAACCGUUGCAAGUGAAGCUUCAGCAAAUCGACAAGAUAAUGUUAAGGAUACAUCUCAAGAGUACGGAUUCACUCCUCUUCACCUUGCAUCGCAAUCUGGCCACGUUAAUCUUGUUCGAAUGAUUCUCAACUGCCCUGGUGUGAAUGUUUCUGCCGGCACUGCCGUACAGAAUAUGACGCCACUGCAUUUGUCGGCCCAAUGUGGUCAUACUGCAGUUGUUGGUCUUCUCCUCAGUAAGGAUCUGGAUCAACUCGGAGCAAAAGACGCACAAGGGUUUACUAGCCUCCAUUAUGCUGCUUGUAAUGGACAUCUUGAAAUGGUGUCACUUCUUUUGGGACAAGGAGCAAAAAUUGACACAUCAGAUAAAAAUAACUGGACGCCGUUACAUCUUGCCGCCAAAUCUGGUUAUCUUGAGAUGGUGAAAUUGCUGACUGAAGGAGGCGCUUCUACUACUGCCGAAACAAAUAAUGGAAAAAUUCCAAUUCAACACGCUGCUGCAGCAGGACAUUACGCCGUUGUCAGCUAUCUUUUGAAGCAAAAUCACAACACUCAUACUUUACUGGAGGAUCGAACAUUUGUGGUUGAUUUGAUGAGAAUUGCGGUGGCAAGUUCACCAAGUGCCCCUGAGUCAAAUGCUCCGACCUAUAUGGCCGCUCAAGGGGGUUCAAUUCCGAUGCCCGUUGUCUCAUCUGACAGUAGGCCUGCAACUCCUCGAGGUCGCGCGGGAAGAGUACCGGCACACUUACUGCCACAAGUGUCAAUAGAAAGAGUUCCGGCUACCGCUGGGAAUUCAUCAGGAAAAAAGAUGGAAAUAUUGCAAGAGUUUGUUCUCGUUUCGCCAGCACCACUUGAAACUGCAGCCAAACUUUCUCGUGCUUUCAUGCUUCUAAGUAACAGGGUCAAAGAAGAAGCAAAAGGAUUGCAGGAAUGUGCCAGAUUCAGUGAAUCGUUAGCUGUAGAACUUUUGGGUAUAUGCAGUGCACCAAAAGGCGCAAACGAUAUUUUGAAAGCAACAGACAACAAAGGCGUUCCAUUUCUUGAUGUUUUAAUUGACUGUGAACAGAAGAAUGUGAUUGCAGAUCCAGCAGUACAGAAAUAUCUCUCAGACGUGUGGGUCGGAAAUCUAAAAUGGUCGGAUGGUCGCCUGAUACUACUUUGCUUCAGUUUUCUACUUUGUCCACCAGUUUGGAUAUUUUUCUCUCUUCCUAUUGAUGUAGGAUUGAACAAAGUUCCAAUUAUAAAGUUUAUUGUGUAUCUCGUUAGCCAUAUUUAUCUGGUACUAUUAUUUAUCAUUACAUGUGCAGUUCCACUCGAUCCAAUAUACAGCGCGAAACGACUGGACUUGAUUCCGCCAUGGUACGAAUGGUUGCUUUUAGUUUGGGUAUCUGGAGUAUUGGUCAAUGAAUUAACCAGUCCUACAGAUCGAACUGGAAUUGGUUGGGUCAGAACAUUAAUUCUGAGUCUCUGCGCGAUAUCUGUUGUUGUACAUCUUGUUGGAUUUGCAUUUAAUGACGAUAGACAAAGGCAAGAGAUUAUAUAUGCAAGAAAUAUGUUCUUAUCUGCUGCAAUGACUUUAUCCUUUGUGCAGUUUCUUGAAUUCUUGAGUUUUCACUACCUCUUCGGACCAUGGUCAAUCAUAAUAGAAGGUUUAUUGAAAGAUUUAUUCAAGUUCGGAGUCAUUGUUCUGAUGUUCAUGAUUGCAUUUACAAUGUGGCUUGCAGCAGUGUAUCAGCCAGUUUAUCAAUGCGAAGGUAAAACGGGGAGUUAUUGUCCAAACGAAACCAUACCGAUUGUCGAUAACGGACUUACUUAUGAUCCUCAACACAUCCAGUAUCCACAAUAUUCUUUUCAACUUAUAUUUUUUGCUUUGUUUGGUCUUAUCGAGCCCGAUGUCCUGCCGCCUGUUAGCAGAAAUCCUGUUUUUACAAUUUACCUUGUGCAAUUCGUAUUUGGUCUUUACAACAUCAUAAUGUUGAUUGUUCUUAUUAAUCUACUCAUUGCCAUGAUGUCUGAUACAUAUCAAAGAAUUGAGGCUCAGUCUGAUACAGAAUGGAAGUUUGGUCGCUCAAAACUUAUUCGUAAUAUGAAGAAAACUACGCUUUCUCCUGCACCUUUAAAUUUGAUGACAACUUUAUAUCAAUAUGCAAAAUUAUGCUACAAGCACAAAGGACGUGUCUGUGAUCCGAGUACAAACUUAAACACCGAAAUGGAUGAUAUUGAAAGUUUACCUGACUCAAGAUCCCCGGAUGCUCAUAUCAAUCAAACAUGGAGAUUAAAGAAAAGAAAACCAGGAAAUCGAGGAGUUUCACCGUCGAUGUCUUCAAUGCCUUUAAAUGAUGCAAAUUCACUUCAUCGACAAAAGUCAUUACAAGAUAUUGUGAGAUGGAGCGACAUUAGGCAGAAAUUUUGGACGAUUAAGGGCAAGGACGUCUCAUCAGAUCUUGAUGGUGGCGGAUACUCAAUUCUUGCAGAGAAAGAUGAGCAAAGAUAUGACAAGACAAACGGUAUUUCGCCAUAUGUAUAUAACAACAAUGGGGCAGCGUUAGGAUCUUCAGAUUCAAAUCUUCCAUUGCCGGGAAAGGUUAUAGAAGACAAUGAUCGCGAAUCUGUUGCUUGAUUACAGACGGUUUCAAAGAUUGUAUUAUUUGGGCUUAUUCCAAAGUCAUAUUAUGCUAAUUAUUUAAUUUUCGAAUAAAUGUUAAAAGUAUACAAAUGAGGAAAUUUGACUUUGUACAUAUCGUAUUCAUUUUUGCCUGAUCUUUUAGUGGGCGACGUUGACUAUUGUUGUAAAAAUGUUGGAGGCAUUUAGGUUUCAAAUAUUACGCAAAGGCAUUUGAUUUUAAACCGUUAUGACUUAUGA